AUGCCGGACGCCACGGAGUUGGACAACGCAGCACCGCGGGGCGCCCCUCCCGCGACGGUGUCCAACGGGCCUCCAGCUGAGACCGCUCAACGGCCGCUAGCUUCGUUCCGCCUGCCACCAUACACGCCAGAAGAGCCCGAUCUAUGGCUCCUACAGGUCGAAUGCGCGUUCGACAUCAGCGGCGUAAGCUCCGACGAGCUCCGGUACAAACUUCUAGUCGCCAACCUGCCAGCGACUAUCGCCGUCCAGGUCAAGGACGUGAUAAGGACAUCAAGGUCAUUCACCGCCCUGUGCGACGCGCUGAAGUCUCGCCUUGCGCAAUCCCGGGCCGACAGGCUGCAGUCGCUACUCAGCCGACAGCAGCUCGGCGACCAAAAGCCGACGGCGCUCCUCCGUUCCAUGAGGAACGAGCUGGCCGCCGCCGGGGACGCUCCCGUGGACACGGAGCUGUUCCGGACACUCUUCAAACAACGUCUGCCGCAGCCCGUCCGCGCUGCCCUGGCCCUACUGCCGGCCGACAGCGCACUGGACGCGCUGGCAGAAGCGGCAGACCGAUACCUGGACGCCAGCGGACCCGCGAACCCUCAUCGACCCGCGGACCCUCAUCCCGCAGGGGGCUGA